UCAAGACCGAGACAACAACGACUCUGCGACAGCUGCAGAACAACGACAACUUUCCCAUAUGUAUUUGCUGAACUCGAAUUAAUCUGAGUCUUUCUCAUUCUUCUGAAUCUCUGGGGCAUCGACUUAUCACGAAAUUCUGCUGUUCCUCCGAUGGCUCGAGCUUGUUGUGCUUCAUAACGGACAUUGUACAUUGCAUGUGUAGCUAUUCAUUGAGCACACAUCACCAUGGCAUCGAAUGCAGCGCAGAAGCGCAACAAUCCCUUUUCAAGGACAGGUUCCCCGUCUCCUGCUCCAGGGCUCCCCAAUGGUAGACCCAAGUCCACGAUGAUGUCUUCUCCGUUAUCUGGAAAUAAUAGCCCACCACACAGCCAAACUCCAGCUCACAACCGGUCUUACUCCUCGCUCGCAGAUGUCAUCUCGCCGAAUCCUACGAGAACGACUCGACAUCGUGCGAACUCGAAAAGCGCCACGCCUAGCUCCAAUACAUUUGCACCUUCAUUUAUCAAGACAGAAGAGACGCGGCGAGAUCAUGAAGUGGUGAAUGGGAUUGAGGGGGAAAAUGACUUCUCAGGCAAGAGAUACGUUUGGUUGAAAGAUCCACAAACGGCUUUUGUCAAAGGCUGGAUAGUAGAAGAACUGGGUAGUAACCAAAUACUCGUCCAAUGCGAUGAUGGCAGCCAACGAGAAGUCAGUAUAGAUAAUGUUGAUAAAGUCAAUCCCGCCAAGUUUGACAAAGCAGACGACAUGGCAGAGCUUACCCAUCUCAAUGAAGCUUCUGUCGUACACAACCUUCACAUGCGGUACCAAACAGACCUCAUAUACACCUAUUCUGGCCUGUUCUUGGUUGCAAUCAAUCCCUAUUGUCCCCUCCCAAUUUAUACCAAUGAAUAUAUCAAUAUGUACAAGGGGCAAGGAAGAGAGGAAACGAAACCUCACAUCUACGCCAUGGCAGAUGAGGCAUUCCGGAAUCUCGUAGAUGAAGGCGAAAAUCAAAGCAUUCUUGUUACAGGAGAAUCCGGUGCAGGCAAGACCGAAAAUACCAAGAAGGUUAUUCAGUAUCUUGCAGCUGUUGCACAUUCAGAGUCUCCAGUCAAAAAGGGAAGUCAGCACUCCAAUCUCUCGCAGCAGAUUCUUCGAGCAAAUCCCAUCCUUGAAGCCUUCGGAAAUGCUCAGACAGUGAGGAACAACAACUCUUCACGUUUCGGUAAAUUCAUCCGAAUUGAAUUCUCUCGCACAGGAACCAUUGCGGGUGCUUUUAUCGACUGGUACCUCCUGGAAAAGUCUCGAGUUGUUCGACUAAAUGCCCACGAACGAAAUUACCAUGUAUUCUACCAGCUUUUGAAAGGAGGGGAUCGGAAGAUGAAACAGGAUUUCCUUCUCGAUGACCUAGAUGUUGAGGAUUUUGCAUAUACAAGAGACGGACAUGAUACUAUAGUUGGCGUUUCUGAUCGAGAUGAGUGGAACUCGUUGAUCGAAGCAUUUAACAUCAUGGGGUUCUCGGACAACGAACAGGUCUCGAUCCUGCGCACAAUUGCAGCAGUACUCCACCUUGGAAACAUUACAGUCGUCAAGGAGAGUAGGGCUGCAGACCAGGCGCGACUGGCUACAGACGCUCGCACACACGCUGAGAAAGUCUGCAAACUUCUUGGCAUGCCUCUUGAUCCGUUUCUCCAAGGUCUUCUUCAUCCACGAGUGAAAGCUGGGCGCGAGUGGGUUGAGAAGGUUCAAACGCCAGAGCAAGUCCGACUUGCCAUUGACGCUCUAGCAAAGGGUAUCUAUGAACGUGGGUUUGGCGAUCUGGUCAGCCGUGUCAACAGGCAGCUCGAUAGGACUGGUAUGGGAAUGGAUGACUCUCACUUCAUUGGUGUUCUCGAUAUCGCCGGUUUUGAAAUUUUCGAGGAGAACAGCUUCGAGCAGCUUUGCAUUAAUUACACGAAUGAGAAGCUUCAGCAAUUCUUCAACCACCACAUGUUUGUGUUGGAACAAGAGGAGUAUGCCAGAGAACAAAUUGAGUGGAAGUUCAUCGAUUUCGGCCACGAUCUUCAACCUACCAUUGAUCUGAUUGAGUUGCCGAACCCAAUUGGUAUCUUCUCCUGCUUAGACGAAGAUUGUGUGAUGCCAAAGGCCACCGAUAAGUCUUUCACAGAAAAACUUCACUCACUCUGGGACCGGAAAACACCCAAAUACCGACCAUCGAGACUUGGCCAGGGUUUCAUGCUUACUCACUAUGCCGCUGAAGUCGAGUAUUCGACGGAGGGGUGGUUAGAGAAGAACAAAGAUCCUCUGAACGACAACAUUACACGACUACUCGCAGCUUCAACAGACAAACAUGUUGCGUCGCUUUUUGCGGAUUGUGCUGAUACUGAUGACGAUUCUGGCGCCACCAGAAGUCGGGUCAAGAAAGGAUUGUUCCGAACAGUUGCUCAGAGACACAAAGAGCAACUGUCUAGUUUGAUGGCUCAGUUGCAUUCGACACAUCCUCACUUUGUCCGAUGCAUUAUUCCAAAUCACAAAAAGCGGCCCAAGCAGUUGAGUGCUCCACUCGUACUUGACCAAUUACGCUGUAAUGGUGUACUUGAAGGUAUCAGAAUCGCUAGAACUGGAUUUCCUAAUCGUUUGCCUUUCUCUGAGUUCAGGCAACGAUAUGAAGUUCUUUGUCGAAACAUGCCGAAAGGGUAUCUUGAGGGACAAGCAGCUGCGACCAUCAUGCUAGAGAAGCUUGGCCUCGAUAAGUCUUUAUUCCGCGUAGGACUCACCAAAGUUUUCUUCCGAGCCGGUGUGUUGGCCGAGCUUGAAGAACAGCGCGAUGCUUUGAUUAGAGAGAUCAUGUCACGAUUCCAAUCACUUGCUCGAGGGUUCACUCAGCGUCGUAUUGCCAACAAGAGGCUAUACCGGGCCGAAGCCACUCGCAUAAUACAACGCAACUUCCAAGUCUAUCUUGAUCUCUGCGAAAAUCCUUGGUGGAGACUCUUAGUCAAGAUGAAGCCUCUUUUGGGCGCCACUCGGACUUCUGGCGAAGUCAAAAAAAGAGAUGAGAUGAUACAAAAGCUCAAUGAAAAGAUGAAGCAAGAAGCUUCGGACCGCCAACGACUUGACGAGGAACGUCGGAACGCUCAUCUGGAAAUGCAAAGAAUCCAACAAACACUCGAGAGCGAGCGAGCUCUGGCGCUGGACAAGGAGGAAAUCUUCAAAAGGCUGCAGAUCCGUGAAGCUGAGCUUAAUGAUAAGCUUGCUGGGGCUCUUGAGGACCAAGAAAAUCUCGAAGAUCAGCUGGAUGGCCUGUUGGAAGCAAAGAAGAAAGCCGAACAACAGGCGGAAAUGUGGCGGUCUCAAUUGGAGCAGGCUGGGCAGAUAAUUGCACAAUUGGAAAAUGAAAAGAAACAGCUGGCCGACCAACUUGACGAUUUAAACGCUCAACUAAACGAUCUGUCUCACGCUCAAUCUCAACGAAGUGCCGAAGAGUCACGACUGUCAAGAGAGGUAAACAUGCUGCAGAGCCAACUGGGCCUCAAAGACAGAAAGGUACAAGAUCUUGAAAGCAAGCUUCUCAAGGUGGAUCAGGAUCUCGAUGUCAAACUCGCCAACACCACGAAAGAACUCCAGUCCACCCGGGCCAAGGAACGAGAUUUGACGGCAGAAAACCGCAGAGUCCAGCAGCAACUCUCAGAACUCACGGCAACCUCUACCGGAUAUGAGGAUCUUGUGCGUCGAAAAGAAAGCGAGUUGGCAAUCCUUCGCUCAGACAAUCGAAAGUUCGAAGAAGAGCGAAAGAAAUUUGACGAGGAGAAGCGCUCGUUAAGCAGCGAGAAAGACAACGUACUGAGCAGACUUCGCGAAGUUCAGGCCGAAAUGUUUACUAUGAAGUCACAAAAGGAGCACUUGGAGCGAGAGGCUGCUGAUGCGAAGAAGUUGCUUGAUGCCAGGCUUACCGAGGAUGCCCAGGCGGGUCAGAAUCGUAGAAUGCUCGAAGGACAAAUCAAAGAUCUCAAGCAGCAACUCGCUGAUGUGCAGAGAGAUCUCAGCAAGGAACGACAAUCCCGUGACGACGUGCAGCUUCUAUCAGAUCACAAAUAUCAGGAACUGAAUGAGAAGUAUCAAGAACUGAACGAAGCCAAAAUCAUCAUUGAAAAGGAGCUUUACGUACAGCAAGAUACCCUGAGACGAGCGAUGGAAGCCAAAGUCACAGCACAAAACGAGCGCAACGAAGCGAGAAAUGAGAUCCGCAGACUUCGCGAGGCUAAAGCAGCUGCUGAAGAAGCACGGAUUCAAGCAGAAUUGUCCAACGAUCGUAGUGCUUCACGCCUUGCACAGGAACGAGAGUCUAGUCUGCGAAAGGACCUCGAUGCCGAACAAAGCCGAGCAAAGUAUUUCGAAGAGGAGUGCGAGCGCUUAACGCAACAGGUGAAAGACUUGGAGCGAACUAUUCUCGAGUCGGGAGAUUUUGGUAUCAGAGUCGACAAAGAAAAAGAAAGACUCGAACGAGAUCUUAACACAGCCAAGAGCCGCCUGAUGGCAUCAGAAAAUGACAACCGAGCACUCCUGAACAAGCUCCAGCAGAAAGGUCUCGAAAUUGCACGCUCCAGUUCCAAAGCUAGUGAAACUUCCCGUGGACAGCUUCUCACUUUGCAACGUGAGAAAGCGAAGGUAGACGAACAGAACCAGAAACUCAACAAGCAAUUGGGAGAUGCCCAGCUCGCUUUAGCAUCGAUGGAGAAACAGAAAGAGAAGCUUCAAUUGAGCUUAGAAGACUUGUCCCACGAAGUGGCUCGUGAGCAUAAGACGAGCCGCAACGCUGAAAAGGCAUCUUCUACAUUCACUUCUCAAUUGGCAGAAGCAAAUCGCAAGCUAGAAGAUGAACGUCAAUUACAUUCUCAAGUGCAAGCGAAGAACCGCCAGCUACAAACGAUCAUUGAAAAUCGUGAGAAGGAAUUACUCCAACUCAUGCGUCGCAUUGACCCAGAGAUGGCAGCUCCUGUGUCUCAACUAGAUGGAGGUAGCGAGAGAAGCUCAACAAAGACUCCCAACCUCGUCCCGGGCCUGGUCCAGAAAGUAGAGGAAUUACACCAAAACCUCAGAGUGCAAACAGCCGGUCGGGCGAAUGCUGAAGCUCAACUGUCAGAGCUACGCAGGAGAUUAGAAGAGGAAUUCGGAGAAUCUCCAGAUAGGCACUCACCGAGUCGGCCCAAGCUCGAGGAGAUCAAUCCCAACCAGGCAUCGUUCAACCACUCUCCUAGUCACCUCCGCAACAAGCUCAAUGCUAGGCCACGAUCAAAUGUGUCCACCCCAACUCGCCGCUUCCCCAGCAAUGGUACUGAUGCUCAAGACUCUGCUCGAUCUGAUAGGACAGCCGACAUCCUUAGCUUCAACAACCGGAUGGACUUGAAGGCCGAUUUAGAGGAGCUGCAAAACCAGCUUCAGCUGUCCCAGAUGCAAAAUCGCCAUCUACAAAGCCAACUUGAACGAGCAACACCUGCGCGUGAGCUCUGGGCCGAGGACAGCCCAUCCCAACGUCGGGUUCAGAAGCUUGAACAAGCUAAUAACCGAUUGCACGAGAUGCUGGAUGACUCUGCAAGGAAAGUUUCUGCACUCGAGAAGAGUAUCCAGUCUGGUGAGCUCUCGCUUCGUGACAUUCAGACAAAGUCCCACGAAGAACUUUUCGACCUCAUCAACAACCAAGAAGAUUCUAGACGCUCCCUGCUUCACGUCCAUAACGACACGGUUGCGGAAUUGAACGACACGAAGAGGCAAAUUGAAGCAGUCAAGCAUGCUCGCGCUACCCUAGAGGUCGAGUUGAGAGACGCAACUUCUGAACUUGAAGAGACACUUCUGCAGAAGGAUCAAGAUGCGGCCAGUCGAAGCCAGCUUUUGCAAGAAUACGCGGACCUUCAAAUCAGACUUGAUGCAGAGUCCUCGAAGCUUACAGACGUCUCUUCUAGCCUAUCAUUGUACAAGAGCAGAGCAGAUGAAUACUUCAGCAAGCUUGAGCAGGCUGAGAUUGCUGUCAUGAAAGCCAACCGAGCUGAACAAUUUGCCAAGUCCCAAGCAAAAGAAGCCGAAGACACUUGCGCAGAGAUCAUGUCGGAGCGUAAGCACGUUGAUGCCACCAUCGAAGACCUCCAACGAAUAAAUCAGAGCUACGAGGAGAAGCUUGAAGACAUCUCAGCCGAUCUUGAAGCUGCGUUGCAGGCUAGAAAGCGACUUCAACACGAGCUCGAAGACUACCGAAGUCAGAGAGCCAUGGACAUUGAGGACAAAGAGACUAGCAUGGAGCAGACCCGCAAGAAGUACCAAGCAGAAUUCGCUACGCUCACCAACGAAUUGGAUAUUGCCCGUGAGGAGAAGCUCUUCAAGCAAUCAGAAAACACCCGUCUUCGGGAAGAGCUCGAAGAAUUGCGAUCUAAGUGGGAUGAUGAAGUCCUCAAUAGCUCUACUUGGUCCAAAGAGAAAUCCCGUCUGGAGUCAACCCUGGCUGAUCUCUCUGCUUCUAGAGACGAGGCUAUCAAAGCUCAUACCGAUGCUCAGGACAAGAUUGUGAGCAUGAUGUCUCAGCUGCGCAAUCUAAGAACAUCUAUGGACGACGUUACUGCCGAGCGUGACUUGCUUUUGCGAGAGAAGCGUGGCCUGGAAAGUCGCCUUGUGGAAGCGAAGGCUGGACUUGAUGACCUAGCUCGGGGAGACAGUGCAUCAUUGCGUGAUGCUGCCAGCCUCGACAGAGAACUUCUGGAGCUAAAGUCUAAUCUAGCUCAACAGGAAGACAUCGCAGCCGCAGCCGUUGGUAAGAUGCGGCGUGCUGAGGCUUUAGCUGCUGAGAUGCAGAAAGAUAUUGUCGCUGAACGCGAAAUGACUGUCCAGCUCAACACUGAGAAGGCAGCACUUGAGAAAGCUCUCAAAGAGGUUCAGGUUAGACUUGUCGACCUUGAGACUAAGGGCUAUUCCAGCGCAAGCCAAGACGUCCGAUUCUUGCAUGGUCGGGUUCAGGAGCUCGAAUCACAAUUGGAAGCCCAAGAAACUGAACGUAACAAAUCUCAACGAUCGGUUCGAAACGUUGAUCGCACUGUCAAAGAUCUGCAACUUCAGAUUGACCGACGUGACAAAGCCAACACCCAGCUUCAAGAAGACAUCUCCCGUUCUCGAGACAAGGUCGAGAAACUUCUCAAGACGAUCGACGAACUUCAAAGCUCCGAAAGCGACAACCAACUAGCAGCACGUAGAGCAGAGCGAGCCUUGAAAGAAGAGAAAGAGAAAGCUCUUCGACUCGAACGUGAGCUCGAAGGCUGGAAAGGUCUAAGACUGGAGAAGCCUGGUCAAGCAGGUAGCGUGAGGAGAGCUGGUUCGGGGAUGUGGAGUAUUGCGAAUGGUGCUAGCAGAGAGAGGAGUGGGAGUGCAGCCGAGGAUAACGGGAUCGAGAUCCCUAAGCGGAAGAGCAGUAUUUCUAGGGCGCCUAGUAUGAGUAAAGGGUUCUUGUGAUGAGACAGAACGGGGUAAUGGUAAUUAAUGUGUAUGGGGAUCAUGCGGUGUUUGCGCAUAGGCUGGUGGGGAAAAUGGUAGGAGGUGCAUUGUAUGAAGGCUGGCGUUGGUGACGCUGCUGGUACAUGGGGAAGAGGGUAUCUAUGGUAUUGUUGCACGUUGUAUUUUAUCGUCUGGUGUGCAAUAGAGAAUGUCUUUGAUGC